GUUCGGGGAAAAGCUCGGAGUAAACCCUGGGAAGAAUCGGAGUAGAAGUGUUCAUGAUUUUUUCUCUGGUCCUCUCUCUAAAGUUGGUUCCCUGUCUCCCUAUAGAAGUUUUGUGAACAGUUUGACAGAUGGAAAGAGCAGAGAAUUGAUCAACAAGUCUGGCGAAAGUAUUUCAUCUGACGAUGAUGUUUUUUAUAUAAACUGAAAUAUGUAUUAUUUCUUAAAACAUGUCAGUUGUGUUCAGUUUAGUUUUAACAGUGUGUUUUAUAUUGGCAAAACUAUGAAGUUAAAAAUGCCAGUUUAAAUUUUAUAUUAAGAUUUUAAUCAUU